AAGGUGCAAGCUUCAUCCUUAGCCUAGACAGUGCUUCCCAUGGCUCCAGUAAACCAGUCAGUUGUGACCAUGUUCAUCCUGCAAAGGUUUGUUGAUGACCCCUGGAUCCAGGAUGUUCUCUUCUGCCUCUUCUUUGCCUUGUUUGUGGCAUCCAUAGUUGGCAAUGGCCUGAUUAUCGCGACCAUCCACAGCAGUCCCAACCUCCACACUCCCAUGUACUUCUUCCUAGUCAACCUUGCCCUGAUGGAUGUGAUCUGCACUGUGACUGUCUUGCCCAAAGUUCUGCAGAGCCUGGUGGCAGAGAACAGCAUCUCUUAUGGGGGAUGCCUCACACAGAUGUUUGUCUUCUCCUGGGUCCUGGGCUCUGAGCUUCUGCUUUUCUCUGCCAUGGCCUAUGACCGCUACCUUGCAAUCUGCCGGCCACUGCACUAUGGUACCCUCAUGAGCGGCAGGGCCUGUGUGGCCCUUGCAACCUUUGUGUGGUUCACUGGAGCUUUCAAUUCCUUGGUGCUCACUUGUCUGAUGUUGCCAUUGUCUUUCUGUGGCCCCAAUCUCAUCACACACUUCUUCUGUGAGAUCCCUUCUGUCUUGAUACUGUCCUGUAGUCCCACCUUUAUCAAUGACAUCAUGACUGUCAUUGCAGACAUGUUCCUGACAGGCCUGAACUUUUUAUUGACAAUGACAUCCUAUGGCUUCAUCAUUGCCAGCAUCCUGCGCAUCCGCUCAGCUGAGGGCAAGAAGCGUGCCUUCUCCACCUGCUCUGCCCACCUGGUUGUGGUCACCCUUUAUUAUUCCACUGUUCUAUACACUUAUGUUCGGCCAGCCCUAGGAACUGCUGGGUUCCUGGACAAAGUCAUUGCUGUUCUGUACACCACUGUGACCCCAUCUCUGAACCCCCUUAUCUAUACCCUGAGAAACAAGGAAUUCAAAACAUCCUUUAAAAAACUCAUUUCCCUAUUGAGAACUUUGAGCUUGGAGAUGAAUUCUAAAAGCAAUGGGUGAUGAGCUAAAAAGGUCAACCAAGUUCUGUGAUGUAAUAG